AUGGAGGUGGCUCUGGUUUUGAAGGAGCAUGGUUGGAUUGAGGGUAUAAAAGUCAAGACGUAUAUAACCGAGCCUGUGCAGAAGCAAACAACUUUGCUUCUACUAAGAAAGCAUUGCACAAACUUGCCCGCUGCAACCACAUGGGAAUUUGUUAACGAAAAUGCUUUUGACAUUCUGAUAGUGCAUUUCUACAUAAUAGAUGACAUUUUUGAUGUUUAUGGGACACUAGAGGAACUCACUCUCUUCACAGAAGCUGUCAACAGAUGGGAUCUUGCAGCGGUUGAGAAUCUUCCUUACUACAUGAAGUCAUGUUUUAAUGCACUCUACGAAACCACGAAUGAGAUUGCUUACAAGAUUUACAAAGCGCAUGGGUGGAACCCCAUAGAUUCUCUGCAGAAAACGUGGGCAAGUUUGUGCAAUGCUUUCUUAGUAGAAGCAAAAUGGUUUGCUUCUGGGCAGUUGCCAAACGCAGAAGAGUAUCUGCAAACUGCGGUUGUUAGUUCAGGGGUGCAUGUGGUUUUAGUUCACAUGUUCUUUCUAUUGGGCCAUGGAAUAACGAGGAAAACCGUCGAUCUUGUGAAUGAUAACCCGGGCGUUAUAACUUCUGUGGCGACAAUUCUACGUCUCUGGGAUGACUUGGGAAGUGCGAAGGAUGAAGAUCAAGAUGGGCACGACGGAUCGUAUGUCGAAUGCUACAUGAAGGACCACAAGGGCUCUUCAGUGAACAGAGCACGAGAGCAAGUCAAUCGCAUGAUUUCAGAUGCGUGGAAGUGCCCCAACCGGGAACGCCUAUCUCCAAACUCGUUUUCAGCAAGUUUCACAAAGAGUUCGGUUAAUUUAGCAAGGAUGGUUCCUUUGAUGUACAGCUAUGAUGACAACCAUAAACUCCCAAUCCUUCAGCAGCACAUGAAAUCAAUGCUCUAUGAUGAUGUUUCUUCAUAA